CAUAUUGUGUAUUUACAUUCAAUUUCACCGUUGGUUUAAGGAUGCCUGGAUGACAAAGAGGUUAUUAGAUGUUAUUAACGGGGAGAGCGUUGCUAAAGCUUGACUAGCCACAUCGAGACACGCCUUUCUUGUAUUUAAAGCAAUACGAAUGUUCCUUUUGCGUUAAGUUGCUGCCACUUGCUGCUCAUGUCCUCAACAUCAUCAUAAGGAUAGUUGUGUAGUGUUUCUUGUAGCGUCGGGGCUGAAAAGAUUAUUUUCAUUCUCCAUGAAGUAUUUGUUUGGUGGUCGAAAAUAGUGAAAAUCAAAGCCUCUCUAUUGGCCCCAGCUGAGAAAUAUGACAGAACCACGCAACCCGGGGAUGUCCUCCAUCUCUCAAACAGCUCCAGUUCACACUGACUCCACCUCUCCGGCUGUAGAAAUGGACCCAGUGGAGUACACCCUUCGGAAACGCCUCCCCCGGAAGCUCCCAAAGAGACGGAAUGACGUCUAUGUCAACAUGAAGACUGAUUUCCGAGCUCAGUUGGCUCGCUGUCAGAAGCUGCUGGAAAGUGGGGGUCACAGGGAGAUCUGCGUCCAUGGCCUGGGCCUGGCGAUCAACAGGGCUAUCAACAUUGCCCUCCAGCUGCAGGCCAGUAGCCAGGGGGUGCUGCAGCUGGCUGCAAACACCUCCACGGUGGAGCUGGUGGACGAUCUGGAGCCUGAAGAUCCUGACGAAGCUGGGGAGCCCAUGACGCGUACGCGCAACAACUCGGCCAUUCAUAUUAAGGUUUUCUACCCUGACCCCUAGAGACCUGAAAAGAGGCGCCUUGCCUAGAAUUUGUCACCAAGUUCUAUUAGUGACCUCAUAAACUGGUAGACAGAUAUAACAUUGUUGUCUGGUUGGGACUGUGUGUGUGGAGACGUGUUGAUGACCGUACUACAGGACUGCAGAAUGGAACAGACAACAUAGAGUUGUGUUGGCUGUAUAUUUAUCAGUUAACUGUGUUGAAAUGCUUCAAGUGGGACACAUUAUCCUCUUUUGUCAUGAGUUUUGUCAGUUUCAAGUUGUUACUUUUUCACUUUGCAUGUCUUGAAGCAACAGUGUUGUUUGCCAGGUGAAACAUUAAUGUAAUAGUUGUUGACAUGGCUGUGCCACAAGUAAAUGUGUCUUUAAUUUUAAGGUCUAAGGAUCUGUGCAAGAGUUUACACUUUUUUGUUUUUGAAGCUGAACAAAGUUUAAAUUUGAAAGCAGGUGUUGUUGUAAUAAAUGUCCACUAGAUGUCAGUAGUCUAUUUACAUUUGGUUUCAAAUCCAUGACCUGCUGGUGUUGUAUGUGUUCAGCAUUUGUAUGUCAUGGACAGUUUUCAGGAAGACUUUGCCUAUGAUUUGUUGAUUAAAAAAAAAAUAUUGGAUUGAA